AUGAUCAAUAAAACCAUAAAACAUCUAAUCACAGGCAACCAGACAGUGUCUGACCAUGUUAUAUACAUUACCGUAAGUCUCAACAGCAGGUACUCCAUGCAAGAGACCCAGGCAUACGCUCCAACUAGUACAUCAGAUGAUGAGAAAGUGAGGACAUAUGAGGACAUAUCCAAAGCGUUAAAAAUGAAUAGGACAAAAUUUACCAUUAUUACUGGCGACUUCAAUGCCAAAUUAGGAAGCAAAAUCCAAGACGACCCAGAAAACAUAGGCAAGUUUGGACUGGCCGAACGGAACAACAGAGGCAAAAUGCUACUUAACUUCCUAGCAAAUAAGAACAUGUAUUGCCUCAAUACCUUCCUUCAGAGACCAAAACAAAGAAGAUGA